AUGAGAAGGUGUCACUCUUAUUAUGCACCAAUUUGGACACCAGAUGAAAUCUGGAUACUAUGGAGAGAACAAUGGAAAGAGAAAACGACAGCUGAUUGUGUUCAGGAAUUGAUGGACUGGUGGGGUCCAAUUAAGAUAAAAAUUAUUCAUCUAAUUGAAGCUGGUGCCUCUUUUCCAGAUGCUAGUUUAAUACAUGACAAGUGGUUUGAAGAAUUGGCCCAUGAACAAUUACAAAAAGGUGGUCAGUUUUUUGUGCAAUUCUUAGAGCUAAUCCCAUUCAAUAAACUUGGUCAAGUAUCAGACUUUCAGCAACCUCAUGCACAAUGCAAAUAUUGUAAUUAUGAAAUAAAUGCUGCUGUUGGAACAACAAAAUGGGGAAAAAUUUUAAAACUACUUUUAGAUGAAAUAAAAUCAAACAAUGCAAAUAAACACUUAAUAGAUAUGGAUCUUGUUGCUCUUGCAAAAAUGAUGAAAUCCUCCUUGGGUGAAUCACUUGAAGAUUCUGUAGACAACAUUAUUUAUUAUAUGUGGUACACAAAUCAUUGGUAA